CCCACAGAAUUUUAUGCUGCACGGGAUCUGUGGAGCAGGGCACUGCACUGUAUCCCAAUACUUCCCACCUUCCCUCUUCGAAGCCCACACGAGAGAGCGUAGGAAAAAAAAACUUCUUUUCUUUAGCAAAAUCCAGAAAAAGAAAACAUGCUGUUCUUCUCAUAUUUCAAGGAGUUGGUAGGAAAGCAGGUUACAGUUGAGCUGAAGAACGACCUUGCAAUCACAGGUACCCUUCAUUCCGUCGAUCAAUACCUCAACAUCAAGCUCGAAAACACCCGUGUUGUCGACGAACACAAAUAUCCCCACAUGAUGUCAGUAAGGAACUGUUUCAUCAGGGGGUCAGUAGUAAGGUAUGUUCAGCUUCCCCCAGAUGGCGUCGACAUCGAUAUUCUUCAUGAUGCUACACGGAGAGAAGCUCGUGGUGGUUGAUGUCCCAUCGUCGCCCUUUUUCACCUUCCAAAAGAGAAGAAAAAGAAAGAAAAAUCUCUGCCUUUGGAUUCUUUUGUUGUAUGAAUGGUUAGAUGACCAUCUUUAUCUAUCAUGGUUCUUCAUUGUGGCUUUUGUGGCCCAUUUCAUACUGAAA